CGGCGGUCCCAGUCUGGGCCGCUGCCCUUCGCCGCCCCGCCGCUCGCUGCCACGUCGCUGCGAUGGAGUGAGCCCCGCGGCGCUGCGGUGCCGAGGGCUGGGAGAGCCGGUGCUCGCUAAGCGCCACACGGAGGGAGGAUGCUGACGGACAGAAUAAUGGAGGAGUUUGAGCUCCGGGAGGAUUCCUGGUUCCAGCAGCAGCGCGAUAUGGAGCACGACCUGUACCUGGCAGCAGAGCUGGGCAAGGCCCUGCUGGAUCGCAACACGGAGCUGGAGGAGGGGCUGCAGCAGAUGUACAGCACCAACCAGGAGCAGCUGCAGGAGAUCGAGUACCUCACCAAGCAGGUGGAGUUCCUGCGGCAGACAAAUGAGCAACACGCCAAGGUCUACGAGCAACUGGACGUGACUGCCCGCGAGCUGGAAGUGACCAAUCAGAAACUAGUUAUGGAAAGCAAGGCAUCAGAGAACAAGAUGACCAGCCUGACGGAGAUGGUGGAGAGUCUCCAGUCUCACGUGGACGAACUGCAGCGGCAGAUCGAGGAUCUGAAGAGCAGGUCCCGACAGGAGUCGGAGAAGCGGAGGGCGGCGCAGAGCUCCCCCUGUCUCAAAGAGCUGUGCGACUUCCAAGGGUCGCUGGAGCAGGACCAGGCGCUGGCGGAGGAGCGGGAGCGGCUGCGGCGGACCGUGUCGUCGCUGCGGAGCCAGCUAGCGGCCGAGCGCCGGCGCACUGAGGAGCUGGAGGAGGAGCGGCGGAUGGUGCUGAGCGAGAGCGGAGGCCUGGAGCGCGGCCUGACCGCCCUGCAUGACUACACGCAGCGGCUGGCCGAGCUGGAGAGCAGCGUGGCCGAUCUGCGGCGCCGCAGCUCCGAGCCCCGCGACCUGGCCAGCCUGCUGGACAGGCUGCUGCUCUACCCGGAGCCGGCGAGUGACGGCCGGCCCGAUAGCCCGGACCCCGGCCCCGCCGAUGACCCGGUGCGCGGACAUGAACUGACCUGCAUCAGGCGGGCGGAGGCGGUGCGUCGCCGCGGCGUCUCGCUGCUCAACGAGGUGGACGAGCAGUACAGCGCGCUCCAGCUCAAGUACGAUGAGCUGCUGAGGCGCUGCCAGCGCCCCGCCGCUGGGUUCUCCUCCUCCAGCAGCAGCCACAAGGCGGUGCAGACUCCAGGCCGGCUGGGCCCAGAGCCCGCUGCCCGCUGCAGCCCGUCCAGAGCGCUGCUGGCGGUCGAACCUGCCUCCAUCCCGACCUCGACCUCCGCUGACGGCCAGCCCGAGUACAAGGCCCUUUUUCAGCAGAUCUUCAACUGCAUCCAGAGGACAAAGCAGGAGAUCGAGGAGAGCCGUUCCAAGUACAGGCAGGGACAAGCGACCGAGCGCAGGGCUGAAAAAUAAAACUACCAGUACUGUGGCAAUAAAUCUCUCAGACUGGAUCCAAACCUCAUCUAAUUUAUUCAACAAAGACGAUUUAUUGCUUUGUUCGUUUUUCAUUGUGGGGUGGGGGAAGAAGCCAUUUUGACUCGAGCCAGAUGACACACUUGGAUGUAAAUAUCUUUGUAAAUCCCUCUGGAGUGUGACUGGGAAUAGACUUUUCCUCAGAGAAAAUGAAUGUUUUUUUUAAAUUACAAGACACAUUUCCAAAACUUGAGAACAAAAGCAGAAAAUGCUGUGAAUACUCGUGGGGUCAGCCAGCAUGGGUGGAUGGGGAAACGGGGUGAGUGCUUCAGGUGGAAGACGCUCCACGGAACUUGGGUACAGAGAAAUGUUCUAUGAUGCAGUGACGGUGGGGAGGAUUGAGGAAAAUUCUGUUGGGGCGAGACUGCGAUUGUCUGAUGUGGAACUCAUUCAGUUAGUGGAGGGGCAGAUUAGUGUGGGAACAAAAGGGUUAAAAAGUUGUGGAUUGCAGGGUAGUGGGGCAGGCAGUGGAGGCACAGCGGAUAGUUCAUUUGGAGCAGAAAUGGGGAGUGAGUAAAGGACGGGUAGCUUGCGUUCACAUUGGCCUUGUACCUGCACUGCUCCCAUGGGUGCUGCUGAGGUAUCCACCUGGACAGUGGAACAUUUGUCGAAGUCUGUGCUCUGAUGGGCGGGUGAAGAACACAGCUCUGAGGGUGUUUACACGCUGGCUUGUCCAUGUCACUGGGUUACUUACAAGCUUCCCGGUGCAGCCCGAGUGGUGAAUUGGAAAUGAACCUGGCAUGACUCCCAACCAGACCCAGGAGGACUUGGUGUGAGGUCGAUGACUUGCAGAUCACUUCUGCUCGAACCUGUCCGUGUCCCAGCUGGUAGCCAAGGUGUCUGGCUUCCCUUUUUGUACAUUGGGGGUGAGACCAGCAAUAUGAAUAGUCCCCAGGCCCCUGCACAGAUGGUCCAGGUGUUCUGACCAUGUCUGGCUGUAGUCCUCAUGGCCUUGGAGAACCUGUUCCAUCAGCUGCUGGUGAACCAUGAAGUCCAUCUAUGAACUGAAUCAGUUCAGGAACCUGUGAUGUGAUAUCUGCCCCCUCUGCUGUACAGCAACAUCAGUUUCCGCCUGUCUGUGCCACUGACUCCGUUCCCUCCCUUGUCAUCUAUUGGGCAAGUGUCACUUCACAUCUUGUGUCCUGCCCUCAAACUGCCCCAGCCACCCCUUCACCUCUAGAAUUGAUCCUCGGCAUCAGUCCUGCCCCCCCAGAGUACAGACAUCCCCAUAAUCCACUCGGAAACUUAAACAACUUUGUAUUCUGACCGAGGACCUCCCACCAGAAACAUGAACCCUUUCUUCACCUGCUGCUUGGCCUACUCUGAGUAAUGCAAGCAUCCUGAUUUUUGUUUUGAUCACCUUGGUCAAUCUAACUGAAUGUGCCAGAGGGUAGGGAGGGAGGGAGUCUCCUGUUAUAUUUCCCCACACCAUCUCCUUUCAGAUGGUGAAGUCCUAGUGGGUGAAGGGUUCCUAAGUCUCUCACCAGUGUGUUUGUGUAGGCACACUAGGGAAUCACGGCCCCACCAACCUCUGCACUAGAGUCUGACCUCUUUCUUCCUGAGCUGAGCACACCUACUGCUGACAGCAGCUCAACAGUCCUCUAUCCUGGUCCAGACUUUCAAAUUGCUCAUCAUAGUUCUUCUAGGUGAAGAUCCUUCCUCUCCCGGGGAUGAGCUUCAGAGCUUCUGUUGCUGUUCCUGUAGCUCUGGAUUUUAAUCAAAUGGAGUUGCUAGCCCCAUAUCCAACCCUCCUCUCACAAUCUGGCUCGGGACUGGUCAUAGCAAAGUUGGAGCCUGUGCUCACAUGUGAAAUUACCAUCCUUGCAUGCACACAGUGAUCAGGCCUUUGGUUUGUGUGGGAUAGAGUGCCCAUGUGGAGAUGCUCCGGUGUGCAAGUGUGCGAGUAAAAUUCCAGUUACAGUGGACAUGCUGGUGGUGCAGUCUUCUGUUUAAGUUGGUGGCUACCCCUCCGUCUCGCCUGUAGUAAGGAAAAAUGCCCCAAAUGUUGGAAUUAGAUUGAUCACUCAAGUGGAGUAUGAUGAUCUCAUGGUUGUCUGUUGGUGGGUCCUCCAGUGGCUGAUCAGGGAUCCACGUAUUCCGGUGCUGUGUGGGCAAGAGUUAAGUGGUGGCUGUAGUUGGUGGUUGGGUCUUUUGAUUGUUCAGUCUGUACUUGUUCUCUGAGGUGGACUGGAAGUCGCUCUCAUGUAGCACCCCCCCACCCCCCGGAACA